ACAAUGCAUGCGCAAACCUCAUCCUGAAGCAUCAUGACUUGUCCAUUUCGUCGUGCCGCAUCUCAACACCAAUUCGCCAACGGCUCAGGAAGCCGGAAUCCUGGGUUCCGAUCACGGCAGUCAUCCGUUCACCUACCAGGACCAGAAGAGGAUGAUGGAGAUAAUAACACCCUCACCUUAAAGAACUUAAGUGAAGCCCUCAAAUUGCUUACAGCACCUUCAAAUGAAUGUCUGCAUGCAGCGGUGACAGCGCUGACGAAGAACCAAGCCGAGCACUACGACAAAUACCACUGCUUAAGGAGAUUGCCAGACGAAGUGAAAACGUGUCGGAAUUAUGCCUACCUACAGGAAAUAUACGACGCCGUUCGAGCUACAGACAGUGUUUGCACGAAAGACUUUAUAGCGAAACUAGGCGAAUAUUUAAUUUUAACAGCAUUUUCUCACAAUUGUCGGCUGGAACGGGCGUUUAAAUGUUUAGGAACUAACUUGACUGAAUUUCUUACUACGUUAGACAGUGUUCACGAUGUACUUCAUGAUCAGGAUGAUGUGUUCAAAGAUGAGACGACGGAAACAGAAGCGGCUUUUGUUUGUACAUCGCACGCGGGGAACAUAGAGCUACACCUUACAACGGAGAGUGAGCCAGUGGCCUAUAUGCUUGUUGGAAGUCUGCGGGCGAUCGCGCGGUUACUGUACGAUACCCACGCGGAAAUAAGACUGAUGAGCUAUUCCAACGAUCCUAGGCGAUUCAGAUACGAGAUAAGUGCGGUGCCCUUACACCAGAAGUCUAAAGAAGAGAACUGUGAGGCGCAAAGCGAAGCGGUGUCAGUCGCUGCGUCAACUAAUGUUCACGACCUGAAGAUCGGAGUUGCCAGCUUUUGCAAAGCCUUUCCCUGGCAUUUUGUUACUGACAGGCGCUUGGAACUCGUACAAUUAGGUGCUGGCUUCAUGCGUCUCUUUGGAACACAUUUGACUACACACGGAUCGUCGCUAUGCACGUAUUUCCGAAUGCUGAGGCCCAAGAGCGUUCGACUGGACUUCCAGGAGAUCCUGAAACGCGUCAACACCCCUUUUAUGUUCUGCCUGAAGAUACCGGGGAAUUCAUUGGCCGAGGGCCUCGAAUUAAAGGGACAGAUGGUUUUUUGCCCCGAGUCGGAUUCCUUACUUUUCGUCGGCUCACCCUUUCUCGAUGGACUCGAAGGUCUCACUGGCAGGGGUUUAUUUAUAUCCGACAUUCCAUUACAUGACGCCACAAGGGACGUGAUCUUAGUCAGCGAACAGACUAGGGCGCAGGACGGACUUCGUAAAAGAAUGGAUAAAUUGAAGAACUCAAUAGUAGAACUAAGCAAAUCCGUUGCAAAGGAGAGAGAAAAGAAUGUCAGUCUUCUACACCUUAUAUUUCCACCACACAUCGCGAAGAGACUUUGGCUUGGUGAGGCGAUAGAGGCCAAAAGUCAUGAUGAUGUCACAAUGCUCUUCAGUGACAUUGUCGGCUUCACCUCAAUAUGCGCUACAGCCACGCCCAUGAUGGUAAUAGAUAUGCUUGAGGACUUGUACAGCGUGUUUGAUAUAUUCUGCGAAGUUCUGGAUGUUUAUAAGGUGGAGACUAUUGGCGAUGCAUAUUGUGUUGCUAGCGGACUACAUCGGAAAAUAGACACUCAUGCGCCGCAAAUUGCAUGGAUGGCGUUACGUAUGGUGGAAACUUGCGCACAGCACUUUACGCACGAGGGAAAUCCUAUAAAGAUGCGUAUAGGCCUCCACACAGGCACAGUACUCGCUGGUGUUGUGGGUAAAACCAUGCUGAAGUACUGUCUCUUCGGGCACAACGUGACGUUGGCAAACAAGUUCGAGUCAGGCUCCGAACCCUUGAUGAUCAACGUCAGCCCAACAACUUAUGAGUGGCUAAUCAAGUUCCCGGGUUUCGAGAUGGAGCCGCGAGACAGGUCUUGCCUCCCGAAUUCCUUCCCAAAGGACAUUCCCGGGACUUGUCACUUUCUACACAAGUACACGCACCCGGGGACAGAUCCAGACGCGAGCCAGGUAAAACAUAUUGAAGAUGCGCUGAGAGACUUUGGCAUAGGACAGACAAAGCCAGCCGACGUAGAGAGCGACGAUCCAACAUAGUCAUAUUUAAAAAAAAUUUAAUAUAACAUUCCAAACAUGCAAAUAGCUACUUAUGUUAGAACGAACAACAUACAAGUUUUAUUAUCUCUAUAUAAAAUUAUCGUGUCACAAUGCUAGUUACCAUACUCCUCCGAAACGGCUCGACCGAUUCUUAUGAAAUUUAUUAUAUGCAUGUUCAGUAGGUCUGAGAAUCAGCUACUAUAUAUCUUUCGAAUCCCAAAACUAAAGGCAUGUGCAGCAUCAUAAUUUAAUUUUUGUUUUUACUUUAAUCUCUAUUUUUUAAUAUAGUACAUAUACUUAUUUUAUUGAACUAAAAAAAUGUUUCCUUGAUACAUAGCAAAAUGACGUUUGCCAUGUACAGAAAAUUUAUGUAAAAACCAGCUGUUUUUUUGGUGCAUACAUAUAUAACGUAGACACCGACUGCAGCGCUAUCUACCAGGUUGAUUUGUGAAUCUAAACCAUCCAGGGCGCCACCCAAACGCAUAAAAAUCAUUCAAAUCGGUCCAGCCGUUUGAGAGGAGUUCAGUUAGAUACAGGUAAAUUAUACACAUAUAAAGAUGAUGAUAGUUAAAAGAGUCACAAAUUCUAAUACCAAUUGAAGAUCAUUAUUCAAUAAUGAAACAGUUAUUUUAUUAUGGCAAUGGCGCACGGAAUCUAUUUAACACUGGUGAAUUCCGCGCUAACAAUAGUUGAUGUCACUAUUAUAGACUGCAGAUAAACAGUAUAACCUCAUAAUGGGGCAUGAGACACGAGAUUUAUUUCGCUAUUUGUUCGAAAAGUAUAUUUCUGUGGCUUUCAAUAUUAUUUUCCGGAAAUUGAAUUAGCCACCACAGCCAUGUUGACCAAUGCCUAAGACUUAGGAAUUUUGGUAACCUAAUUAAAUAACUAUCUUAAAUUAUUAUAGGGCAUCGUCUUUGUAUAAAAUAGAUUCAUAACAAUUGUAGAAAUUACAACUUUUGUAGGGUAGUCUAAAAAUAAAUGAUUCAAGAACACUAAAGUCACACUAGACGUCACGGAUUGCUUGCAAUAUCAAUAAAAUAUGCUUUAAAUAGUCUUUGUGAUAAUCCAUUUAUUAAUAAAUUUACUAUAAUAUGUACAUAUAUGUCUAUUCUAUAAGCGUGAAAUCGACUGUGAAAAAAACUGUGUCGAGUAUUAGUUUAGAGCAAGAGUUUAUGUGUGUGUGUGUGUGAAUUUUUUGGUUUGAAGUGAAUAUUCUCUAAAACUAAUUUAACUCUCUGUUAAAUCGAUGUCGACUUCCACUAACGGUAGCGAUUGUGAUCCCUACUUCAGCGGGUUUAUCUGCGCAAAGCCAACAUCAGUGCUACGGAUUUUCAUAUAAUUAAUAGAUUUAUAGGAUUGGUAUAGCCAUCGCUAUUGGAUAAUACAAAAUAACAGCUGACACCAAUAAUUAUGACUUCAACAACGAGACUUGAUUUUCAUGUAUUGUUAUAUUAUAUGUGGAUAUCGGUUUCUCAAUUGAUAUUUCGGGCUCUGUGUAAACCUACCGUUGCUAUAUAAAUUUGUAGGUACCACAUACCUUUUUUGGCUGGUAAAAAUCAUUGCUGUCAUUUUUUUAAAAAAUUAUUUCAUAACCUUGGAUUCAGAGUCCUUCAGUCGCAAUCAUAGAGAUUACAAUAUUACAUAAAGUUCUAAAAAGUAUGUAAUGGAACAGCGCUGUCAUGUAUAUUAGUAUUGCCAGUAAAUAAAACUUAACCAUUAUAAGGGGAAUAACUUGAGGUCAUGUAGGCUAACCGACUAAAGAAAUGUCUUGAUAAAAAUACUAGAAUCAAGAGAAUACAGUUCUAGGCGUAAAUAAAUGUGACGCAAACAUAAGGAAGAACUGAUACGUUUUGUUGCCUUUACUAUUAAUAUAAAAUCUUUUAAUAAAAAGUGAACCUUCUACUUAAUUACAAUGUAAAGAAUAAAAAUAAAUACAUUUUAGUUGGAUUUCAUUAGACGUUGGUAGAUAGUAAAAUUAUUUAUUGUACGCACUUUGUCUGACAUUUCAAAAUGGCGACGGUAAUAUCAAUUUCAGCCACCGGCCAAGAAAUCUAUGUGGCACUGUAACAAUGACUUGACAGCUAUCAUUAUAGUAUGACGCACCAAGUCGUUCUGUGUCCUUUCAACACACUACAUUCAUAAAGUCAUUUAAAUUAACCUCGUUUUUAGUAGAUAGAUGUUGAAACUUUGUGUGCAUUUAAACUUAAAACUUUAGUAGUUAAUUAGUAAUCUAUAUAAAGCUUUAUAUAUUACAUAAGGUGUACAUACAAAAAUCCGGGAUAAUUACGACUUAUAUAGUUAAAGAGGUUACAUAAUUUGUAUAUAUAGUAUGUGUAUCGGUAUUAGAUAAAGAGUCAUUCAAAAACACUAUUUUAUUACGUAUCUCAUAUCGUAAAUAAAAGUAUAAAUUUUGAAAGAUAUAUGAAGGAAAUAAUCAUAUAUAUGUCCUAUUAUGCGCUUCGCAACCAAUAUUAUAGCUUUUAGCUAAUCACAUUAUUAGACCUAUAUGCUGACCAUUCUAAUAACCUAUUUUUAUCAUUCAAUACUUAAAAAGUUAGAAGUUGAGCGAGUCCAUUGCACAUUAUUGAACUAGCAAUAUAUUUGUAUGAAUUUUAGAUUAGGACGUACAUAAUGUCUGUUACUUGUGGUUCCCUAAACAUAAUUGGGAAUUGAUCCCAGGUAAGGCUAUGUGCCACCUGGCUACGCAGCCGUUAAUAUAAGUUAUUAUAGUCAAAAAUAAAAUACUCCUUAAUAUGUUAAGCGUAAUGGGUAGCCAUAUAUAUAAAUUCACCUUAUUAUAACGAAUUCUUAGUAUAGCCAGAAGGCAUUCACUGUAAAUGUUCUAACAUAAAGUGGUUAAGAAAAAGCGUAUGUUCUAAAUAGGUAAUGUUCUAUGAUAGUAACGAUUAUUAUAAGAAAAUCUUCGAAUAUAUUUUAUGCUGUGAUAUUUGUUUAUGCAGUAAUAAUACUGAAGGGAACAUAAAACAAAAGAUGGCGUUGGCGUUUUGUUUUAUUGUGAUUGGUCAACACAUCUAGACCAUUUUGCACAUCUGUCGUUCCACAGCACCACUGUGUAACCAGUUACCCACCGAAGUAUUUCCGAACAUUUCGACUUAGGGUCCAUUGAAAAAAGAAAGUACUAAUUCCUAUUUGCCGGCAAAGCCAGCCGUCUGUAAUUGACUGUGGACGGUGAUAUCAUUUCCGAAUCAGAUCGUGUUCUAUAUAAAAGCAAUCACAUACAGGCUUCAAGAUCCGUGUUGCCUUAUCACAAAUAGUAGAAACGAACCAUUUCCAUGAUUAUUUACUAUUCGUCUUUUUUAGGUUAAUUUGCCCCAAAAAUUGCUGUUUGAAAGUAAAAGUAUUCUUGUCUCAAAUCACAAUUUAGGACCACAGUAAAUUUGAUAAAACUCAUAAUCUUCUAUUGUGUUCAAACGUGCCGACCCUUACGCCCGAUGUAAAGUUGUAAGAUCUCAGAGAAAACACGCAAUUAACAAGAGGGAAAACAGAGAAAAAUUCAACUUUUCUUUUUGUGUAUAUUCUUCACAAAUCAAGACAAUGAUAAUACAACAUAAUAUUUAGUAGUAAUAAGUUUCAUCAUAUAUUUCAGAUAAUGUCACAGUUAUUAAAUAUAUAUAUUUAUAGGAAUUUGAAUUCUGUAGAAAUUAUUGAAUGUUGAAUCAAUGAAAAUUGUACAAUAUGUGCUUCACUGUACCUUAUGUAAAUACGGCUAUGUAGUCAACACUUAGGUUAAUAUAAAAAGUACUAUAUGUAGCAAUAAAGCUUAUCGAUUCCAAUAUUUAUGUAUUUAUUCUGUUAACAUGCAUUGUAAAUAGUUUUUAAACUUUCAUAGCAUCGGAAUUCGGCGAGAUUUUAAUUGAGGAAACUUUGUACACGUUUGUAGUUGUUAAAUCUUAUAAAAUCCACUUCAAAAGCUGUGAAUCUCUUGCCAUUAUUAUUAAUGAGAUUUUUUUAUUUAUAUACUUUAAAUAAAGAGCAAGGGAAAGCUAUGGUAGGUCCGUUGCCUGCCCAUAUUCUUUAUAAAUCUUUAGUUAUAAUAAAAAAACUAUAUAAAUAUAGAAUUGUUAAGCUACAAAUAUAAAACAAGCUUGUAUAAAGGAGUUUAAACUUCCUACAUCGAAUUACUUUUUUUUUUGCAUUUAUACUAUCAAAUUUGUAUAAAAUAAUUCACAUAGAGAAUUUAGACUAUUUUAAAGUGUAUAAAGCAUUUAAUUAGAUUUAAGCACAGCCUUCUUCGAUGUAAUUUCCGUUUCCUGUAUCAACUGUGCGGUUACCAAACAGUUAAGUAUGGAAUAUUAGAUACUAUCACGCUAUCUGUCUAUGUAUUAGGUCUUGCUAUAAGAAACUAAAACUGUGAAUGCACUGUUAGUGAACUGGGAAAUAAAAUGUUUCUUUGGUA